AUGGUUUUCCGGUCCAUCUCGUUAUUUUCCGUAACUACCCUGAUAUUUGCCGCCCUCAGCGUCGGAGCACAUGCCGCAGUUCCUCCAACUACCAGUGGCACCUUCACAACUCCAUCGCCAGCUGCAUCAACUACGCCUACCGCUUCAUAUAACCCAACAAGCGCAGAUUCCCCUGAGAAUGACGAUGAUAACGGGGAAUGCAGGCUAUUAGGGCCGUUUUCACUUGUUGUCCAGGCUGCCCUCGGAAUGCUGGCUCUACUAUCGCUUGUCUACAAACGAUGGAGAGAGCGCCCUCAACGGCCCGUGAAGGUGUGGGCAUUCGAUGCCUCGAAGCAAGUGUUUGGCUCAUCUAUGUUGCAUCUUCUCAAUCUCGUUAUGUCGAUGUUCUCUGCCGGGCAAUUUGAGAUCACGAGAAAAUAUAAGCCAAAUCCAUGCUCCUUCUAUUUGCUGAAUCUGGGUAUCGACACUACGCUUGGCAUCCCGAUUUUGAUUUUCAUCCUCCAUUUUCUGAACCGCUUGGCGGUAUACACUCCUCUCGCAAACCCUCCAGAGUCUAUUGAAUCAGGGAACUAUGGAGAUCCACCGCGCUUCGGAUGGUGGUUUAAGCAGUCUAUAAUCUACUUUAUUGGCCUUCUAGGAAUGAAGAUAUGCGUGUUCUUCCUCAUCCAGAUGGUGCCAUUCAUCGUCAAAGUGGGUGACUGGGCUUUACGAUGGACAGAAGGCAACACCGCAAUCCAGAUCAUUUUCGUCAUGUUGCUCUUCCCUGUCAUAAUGAAUGCGAUACAGUACUACAUUAUCGACAUCUUUAUCAAGAAACCGCUUUCUCCAUCCCACGAUACCCUGGAAGAUGACAGUGAUGUUGGAGAAAACGACCACGACGAUCGCCACGCACUGUUGGCCGGCUUGGACGAUGACGAUGAAUCAGUAAAUGGUGUCUCUAGGAGAAGUGACGAAAGGAACAUACGCAGUCCCGUUCAGUUCAAAGAAGCCCUGAGUCGAUUAGAUUCUCCUGAGCUAAACCCGGCCGAGUUUUCAGAAUCUGGAUCAACACCAACCCUGAGCAACCCCGGCGAAUAUGAUGAAACAAUAUCUUCUACGAAACCAAAUGCGCAAACGAAAAAUCCGUGA